AUGGAUGACAAUGAGAGAUUAUUUCAAUGUGCUAUUACCGAAUACGAAUUGAACAACAUUCCUAUAAUAAACUUAAAAAAUAAGAAAAGGAUAGGAAGAGGAGCAUUCGGUAACGUGUAUAAAUGCAAUAUUGACGAAGAUUCUAGAAUGGUGGCAAUAAAAGAAAUAACAGUUGGCGAUGAAGAUAGCGAUACAUCUAUUAAAUCCUUCCUUAAUGAGUUAAAGUUACAUAGCAGGGCCAAAAACCAUCGUAUUAUUGAGUUAUUUGGAAUGGGCUAUGAUUUAUGCUACCUUGUGAUGGAACUCGCCGAGUGUCAUUUAAGGAAGUAUUUAACGAACAAAAAAGACGAACUUCAAUGGGAUAAAAAAAUAGAACUCGCAAUCCAAUUAACAGAAGGGUUGUCUUACAUCCAUAAUGUGAUGAAUGUAGCACACCGUGAUUUGAAUGUACGUGAAGCCCCUAUUAUUGGAACCCCUUUGUCCUUUAUUCAACUUUAUUCCAAAUGCUGGGAUACAUCGCCUUUGCUUCGGCCUACCGCAGAUCAAAUUCUUAAUGAACUUAAAUCUUUAUCUCUUGAUCCAAUGUAUGACGGUGAUAACUUUGUUAAUGGCAUACUAUCAAAUACAAGCGAUUCGAAUAAUAACAAUUAUUCCGCAGAUAUCUUUGGAGAAUCUUAUGAUGACAGCAUUGAUAGGGGGCAAAUCUAA